AUGUCUCUUGUUGUUAAGUCAAAGACAAAAGACUUGGUUAAAUGUGAAGUUAUUGAUGGUGGUGAACUGAAAUCUAGGCGCCAUUUAAACGUCCGUGGAAAAAGUGCAACACUUCCUUCCAUAACUGACAAAGACUGGGAAGAUAUCAAGUUUGGAGUGGACAAUCAAGUAGACUUCUAUGCUGUCUCAUUUGUCAAGGAUGCUAGAGUGGUGCACAAGUUAAAAGAGUAUCUCAAAAGUCAUAAUGCUGAUAUACACGUGAUUGUAAAAAUUGAAAGUGCAGAUUCCAUACCAAAUCUUCAUUCGAUACUUUCUGCUUCAGAUGGGGCCAUGGUUGCUCGAGGGGAUCUUGGAGCUGAACUUCCAAUAGAAGAAGUUCCUUUAUUGCAGGAUGACAUCAUAAGGAGAUGUCAAAGCAUGAAAAAGCCAGUUAUUGUGGCAACAAAUAUGCUUGAAAGCAUGAUUAAUCAUCCCACACCAACAAGGGCAGAAGUCUCGGACAUUGCAAUUGCAGUAAGACAAGGUGCUGAUGCUAUCAUGCUUUCAGGAGAAACUGCACAUGGAAAAUUUCCAUUGAAAGCUGUUAAAGUUAUGCACGCUGUGGCUCUUAGGAAUGAAUCUAGAGCUAAAAAUGCUGUUGCUUGUCCAAGUCGAUUGAGUUCUCAUAAAAGCCACAUGGGAGAAAUGUUUGCUUUCCAUGCGACAACCAUGUCUAACACUCUUAAUACCCCCAUUAUUGUUUUCACCAGAACAGGAUCCAUGGCUAUUCUUUUGAGCCAUUAUAGGCCUUACUCAACAAUCUUUGCAUUCACAAAUGAAACAAGGAUUAAGCAGAGGUUGGCGCUUUAUCAUGGCGUUAUGCCCAUAUACAUGCCUUUUUCAAAUGAUGCAGAGGAGACCUUCUCUAGGGCCAUCAAACUAUUAUUGAGUGAGGGCCAUUUACACGAGGGGGAGCAUGUUACUCUUGUUCAAAGUGGAGCACAACCAAUCUGGCGUGAGGAAUCCACUCACCACAUACAAGUUCGUAAGGUUCAUGAAUAA